GUGGGCGUUUCCGCAUUCCGCUGCGAGCGCACACACGAGCCGAGCGCAGCGCGGAGACAGACGCGACGCUUCCGAGACCCUCCUCGAUAUUCCGCUGGAAAGUUGCCCGCUCUGCCGCCGGGAUGCCGUACAUCCUCAUCAGCACACAGAUCAGACUGGAGACGGGGCCCACGAUGGUCGGUGACGAAUAUUCUGAUCCCUCCAUCAUGAACUACCUCGGAGCCCGGAAAACAACCAUGCUGGGAAACAACUUCUCCGAGUAUCACGUGGACGAACCGCCGAGACUCGUCUUGGACAAACUGGAUAAGAUCGGGUUCAGAGUGGUCAGCAUGACGGGAGUCGGUCAGACGCUGGUCUGGUGUCUGUAUAAAGAGACGAGCAACACGCUGUGACUCCGUGGCUCUUGUACUGCAGGUAAACAUGGUAAAUGAGGUGAAGAAGGGUAUUCUAAUGUCAGCAGCAGGCCUAGUGAACAGAUCUCAGAAACUCUUAUUAAACAAAUGAAGUGUACAGUAUUUGAAAUCUGUCUCAGUAUUAUCAUCAAUGUUCUUUCUCUGAUUUAUGAUUUCUGGAUUUAGUCUUUUUUGAACACUUUUAUAUGUCAGGAAAGUAGGUUUUGUUUUGUGAUUGUUUUAAUAUAAACGAGUUCAUUAAGGAACAUCAUAAACAUUAUUAUUCUGUUGCAUCUGUAGUGUUUCUAUAUCUCGACUUGACGUUAUCUUGAAUAAAUGCUUUGCAACGAAACGUCAGUUUUUAAAAUCCUGUCGAAGCUCACAUUCUUUGUUUUGUAGUUCUGAACAGUUGUUCACAGUGUAUGUAAACAUGUAUUUUGUCUGUACUGAAUCCUGAUAUAUUAAUAUGGUUUCUGUAUGCUUGUGUGAGAAGCUGUAAUUAAAAAUAAAGUAAAAAAAUAAAA